CUCACGUACCCUAUGCGUGAUGUCUUACUUUCGACCAACCCAUUGUUCGUUGUAGUAUAAAUCUCCCUAUCCUUGUAUCAGAUGAUCAUUCUACAUUAAACAUUCAAUUGUUAUACAACUGUACUGUGUAUUACUCUUGUAUUAUUAUUGUAUUAUUGUAUUACUGUAACAAGAUGAAACCAGUGGUAAUGAUUGUGUGUCUGAUCGUGCUGAUCUUUACUCUGCAGAACGCACAUUGUGCUUGUCCUUAUGCUCAUCCCUACCCGUACGACCUUUGUGGACCUAACGAAGAGUUACUGGAGUGUGGUACCGCUUGCCCAAAGACAUGCGCCAAUCUUAACGAUCCACCUGCAGUGUGUUCGCUGCGAUGUGUACAGGGAUGCUUCUGCAAGCCAGGAUUUGUCCGGGAGUCCCAACAUGGAAAAUGCGUUCCGGAAUGUGAGUGUCCCUGCAAUUGAAGUGUCGAAAGAAGAAAAGCACCAGAAACUAUUUCAACCUUGCGCUUAUAAUAAAGGCAAGCAACUGCCUAAAUGAAUGCAUUCUAAGGGCAAUUGAGCUAUUUGAGAAAUACAUUAA